UCGAUGUUUUUGUUUUUUUCUUCAGCCAGUGUUGGGGCCUGCUUUCCGAAGCAAGACCCGGAGCGUGGCGGAGGUCACAUGAUCUCCACCGAUGACCUGGAGUACCCGCGUGAAUAUCGCACGCUGGGAAACAGCGGGCGGCGCUUCUCCAAUGUGGGGCUGGUCCACACCUCUGAGCAUCGGCACACGGUCAUCGCCGCCCAGAGCCUGGAGGCCCUCUCCAACCUGCACAAGGCCGACAUGGAACGCAAGCGGGAUGCUUUCAUGGACCACCUGAAGAACAAGUACCCUCCCCAGCACUCCCUACCACCCUCUCCAUCCCCCUCGCAUGGCAGCAUGAGGGGCACCGCAGAGAGAAGCGCACGUGAACAGCAACAGCCAAACUACUGGAGCUUUAAGAGCCGUAGUCCACGUCACUCCCAGUCCACUCAGUCGGGUUUGGCAGACCAGGCGUCUAAACUGUCCUUCGCAUCUGCUGAGUCUCUGGAGACCAUGUCUGAGGCCGACAUGCCGCUGGGCUUCAACCGCAUGAACCGUUUCCGUCAGAGCCUCCCACUCUCCCGCUCUGCAAGCCAGAAUAAACUACGCUCUCCAGGUGUCCUUUUCCUGCAGUUUGGCGAUGAGACCAGACGUGUUCAUAUCACUCACGAGCUCAACAGUUUGGAGACCUUGCACGCACUUAUCGUGCACAUGUUCCCUCAGAAGCUGACAGCGGGAAUGCUGAAGUCCCCGAACACGGCCAUCUUGAUCAAAGACGAAGCAAGGAACGUCUUCUACGAGCUGGAGGACGUGCGGGACAUACAGGACCGCAGUAUCAUUAAAAUCUAUCGCAAAGAGCCCAUUUAUGCCUCCUAUCCUGCGGCACAUCUGGCCAACGGAGACCUCAGGAGAGAGAUGGUUUACUCAUCCCGGGACUCGUCACCUACCCGUCGCCUCAACACUCUCCCUUCCUCCACUGCCUCGCCCUCCUCCAGCUCUCCUUCUCGAUCUCGUCUCUCCUACAGCGGAGGUCGGCCCCCCUCUUUUGCUGGUCCGGGCCACCCUCACCCACAGGGUCCCCAGCAUCCGUCCCACUCCCACCACCCUUCGCCCUCUCACGGACAGGCUCAAGGCCUAACCCCCUCCUCCUCGGCCAUCCUGGAGCGGCGUGAUGUCAAACCCGACGAGGAGAUGUCUGGUAAAGGCAUGGUCCUCCUAAAGAAUGAAGGUCUUUAUGCUGAUCCGUACAGCUUGAUGCACGAGGGUCGGCUUAGUAUCGCUUCUACUCAGUCCCUGGCCACCAUCGCCGACCCUUUCGGCUUCCCGGUGUCAGGAGGUCUGUACCGCAGAGGGUCGGUGCGGUCUCUCAGUACAUACUCAGCUGCGGCGCUUCAAAGCGACCUGGAGGACAGCCUGUAUAAGCCUGGAGGUUCUCUAUACUCCGAUACCUACAGCAGCUCCACGCUCGGCAUGGGCUUUCGUCUGCCGCCCUCCUCCCCACAGAAGAUUCCCGACGUGCAGCUGAGGGACAGGGAUUCGUUCACUGGGUCUCCCAGCCGAGGGUCACCUGUGAGAACCACCUUCCGCAAAGACUCGGCUUCCUCUUCGGUGUUUGUGGAGAGUCCGAAGUCCAGACCCAGCUCCAGUUCUGAACCCCUAGGAGAUGGGAGUAAGGGACCAGGAUUUGGGUCGUCAUUAUCUGGGGGCGAGACGGACACACGCAGGGAUCGUAUGGAGGCAAUGGAGAAGCAGAUAGCCAGUCUGACUGGACUGGUUCAGAGCGUCCUAACCCGAGCACCAGACAGUGACAGCACAUGCGGCCUGCUGCGUCUCUGCAUGAUGGCGGGCUGCCCGCCGGACCAGGGGGCGGACUUUUCACGGCCCUUCCCUUUCUCUUCCAGCGAGAAGACCGAAUCCACCAGCGACGGCUCUGCCACAGGAACUGGCCGGCUGAAGAAGAAAGCGCUGACUCCAUCUGCCCCGCUGGCACUGAUGCCGCCACCUUCAUCUGGAGGCUCUCGGGCUUCCACCGUCUCCAGGCUACAGAUGCAUCUUCACCUGCAUGACCUACAACAGAACGCCACCGAUCUGCGCAAGCAGCUCGCACAGCUCCGUAAAAUGCAGUUGCAGAACCAGGACUCCAUGCGCAGUCUACUGAAGAGGACCGAGGCAGAGCUGAGUCUGCGUCUAUCAGAUGCGCUGAGGAAACAGGAAGACCCUCUCCAGAGACAGCGCCUCCUAGUGGAAGAGGAGAGACUCAAAUACCUGAACGAGGAGGAACUCAUCAUACAGCAACUGCAUGAUCUGGAAAAGUCAGUGGAGGAAAUCAAGAAGGAGAUGUCUGUCAGUCACCGACAUGUGACAGUGCAGGAGCUGGAGGAGAAAAGCUCGCUGCUGAGGAAACUGGGAGAGACUCUCACCGAGCUGAAGAAUCAGUUCCCGGGGCUCCAGAGUAAAAUGCGAGUGGUGUUGCGAGUGGAAGUGGAAGCGGUGAAAUUCCUGAAAGAGGAGCCACACAGACUGGACGCUCUGCUUAAACGCUGCAGAUCUAUCACAGACACUCUCACUACGCUGAGGAGGCAGGUGAAUGAAGGAGUGUGGAAGACCCAGGAUGAGUAUUCCAGCCCCUUUCCUAAACUCGGAGGAGGGGACGAGUACAGGAAGAACACAGACUUUAAUAUUCCAACCAGUCCACCGCUAAACCUCAAUGAGACCAGCCUGGCUAACUGGAGCCCUCACUCUGGUCAAAGCCACAGCCACUCGAACCCUUCUAGUGUACAGCGUGAGAAAGAUUCUCAUGGGAUGGUGGGCUCGUUGAAGGGGCGGGAGCUGGGCGAGCUGGGAGGUCGAGGAGGGUCUGAUAAGGCCUCAUCCGUGGAAGUGAGACUGGCAGCAGAGCGGGAUUGGGAAGAGAAGAGAGCCAGUCUAACACAGUACAGCGCUCAGGACAUUAAUCGACUGUUGGAGGAGACUCAGGCUGAGCUCAUGAAGGCCAUUCCUGACUUAGACUUUGCUGCCAAGCAGCUCAAACCUGCUCAGAACCAGAUUCAAAACCAGAGCCAGAGUCCAUCUAGCACCAAUGCCACACCUGAACACAAGCCUAAUAAACCUCAGAAUAAACUUUCCAGUAAAGACAGCGGAUUCAGACGAGGCUCGGAUGAACUGACGGUGGCGAGGUAUCGAACGGAGAAGCCCUCAAAAUCCCCCCCUCCUCCACCUCCCCGCCGGAGUUUCCCCUCCUCCCCUGGCCUGACUACACGCAGCGGAGAGAUGAUCAUUCCUGGAAAGAGUAUAAAGAAAUCAGAAUCAGAGGAGACUGAGUCUCAGAAGCCACACGUUAAGCUGAGGAGGAGUAUAUCUGAAGUCCCCCGACCGGCCUCCACCCCUCCGACCAUCGCUGGUGGAGAGCGAGAGGAGGGCAACGAGAAGUUAGCAGCUGAGCAAGAGGUGAGCACAUCUAAGGGUGGUGAUGAUCACUUCAGUGAUUUUACAGAGAACUCUCUGAUGCAGCACAGGAUGUCCUCCACUCCAGUUCCCCAGAUAGUCUUAACCGAGUGUAACUCUCUCCCCAUGUCCCCCUCUGAGGACUCAGCAGAGACCCGGUGGUCUGACAGCAUGCAGACAGUUAAAGACAAUAACACUGGAAAUGACAUCAGAGUAAGUUACUUCAGCCAUAUUGUGAGGACUCCCCGUCUGCCGCUAUGGAAACAAGACUUGUCAGCCAGCCAAAAAGUCCCUCGAUCACAAGACUUGGAUGCAGCCCAGAGGGAGCUCCAGAGUCCUGUCCAGGAUGUGACCCAGUCGUGCCCGCCCUUAACAAGCGAGAGAGCAAUUAAACAGCCCCUGAGGAGGGAGCCAAGGGUUCAGAAGUCUCUCGAGGCAGCGACAGGAAAGAAAGAAGAGCGAACGAGAAAGUCGGACACUGCAUUGUCUGUCUCGCCGCAAAACGGGCCCAUGGAGACAUCUCAAGUGGGUUUGAUCCGCACUCAAGGCGUUGGAGGGGAAAAGGAAGACAUCUGCCACAGCACGUACCGUCGUCUGGACAGUCUGGAGGAAACCAUCCGUGAGCUGGAGCUCAGCCUGAUGGAGUUCAGCACUGAUCCUCACACAGGGAAUAUCUUCCCAGCGUCCAUCCAGACACAGAGAUCCGGCAGCACUCGACAUACAGCAGACGGAGGAGACACAAACAAACCCGCUGUCCCACCUAAACCGUCCUGCAUCAGCACAUCCACAGCCAAGACUGGCGGUGGAAAGGCGUUGUCUCGUCUCAAGCACCUGCAGCAGAGCGGAUUAGAAAAGAGCAAAACAAGCAAACAGAGAGAGGACUUCCUUAAGAACCAGGGUCAACAGCAGGCUCUGAGUCUGAACAUCAGCAGAGCCAGAGCAGCCGAGUUGCUCCUCGCAAGCACCAGAGCCGCAAGCUUCUCCGGCCACCUGCCCUCCAGAUUGGGAAAGUACCCCCAGGAGGGGGCACUGUCCUCCUUGACAGCCUCCUCCAACCAGGCCAAAGCGCUUCUGGCUAGCCUUUCCGCAUCCAGCCUCUCGGCUGAGGCACUCCUGUCAUCCACCUUAAGACAACACCGGUUUCUCAGAGAGCAGAACUUCAACUCCUCAAGCCUUCCUCUUCCCAUCUCCAAUGGCCGCUCCCCUCCCUCUCCGACUUCGCCUACUUCCUCUUCCUCACCCUCAUCUCCCUCCGCUCUCACCUCACUGAGUCCGUCCUCGCUGGCCCUGAAACCCUCCGCCACCGGCACCUUGGAGCGGAACAAGACUGAACCCAAGACGGCGACUCCAGACGAUAGUGAUUAAGGAGGAUGUGGCUGGAAAUGAUCCAUAUAUAGGAUGUGGACAGCGCAAGUAGAUGAAUUUAAAUGUUACUAACCUAAAAGAAAGUUUUUUUUGGAGGCUUCGUUUCUAAAGUGUUUUGUUUCCCUGACUAUCCCUACCAAGACGCCUUGCGGAGAACAGUGACGUAGGGCACGGAGGCGGAUGACUUACCGCUUUGCAUCAUAGGUUCACUCUUCUUCAGUUUGUGAACCGAUCCAAACUGUAAACCAUACCUACUCUGUGUUUCUGCCAGUUCCCCAAACUAGAGAACCAACAGAUGGGCUUGGACACUCACCACCAGCCUGUUUCCAGCUCCACUGCACAGCCAGCAUCACACCACCCACGGGAGGCCUGGGGAAGGACCAAACCCAAACCCUCAUUCAUUUGCCAAAUCUCACAUGUUGGAGAUCUAGCUGAGUUCGGUAGAUGUCCAUUAAGUGUAAAAUCAAGACUGUAAGACUAUGUAAAACCAAGUAGAGUUGCAAUAAUCGAAAGUGAGUACUGUAGUAGUCGGUGUUUGUCAAGAAGUUUUAUUGCUCAUAUCUAUAUCAACGAAAGGAAUGUUAAAAAAAUAACAGCAAAAGCUUAAUGUUAAGGCAGCAUCACUCGUUCUAAUGUAGAUUUUGGCUAUCAGUCUUACUACUAAAGGAAAAUAACUGAAAUUGGUGCUAUGAUGAACAUGUUGAUGAUUAUACACCCCCUUAAAGGGAUAGUUCAUCUAAAAAUGAAGGUUCUGUCAUGAUCUACUCAUUCUUGUAUUGUUGCAAAUGUCUUGGUUUAUUGUCUAUACAAUGGAAGUCACUGGGGUCUAUACAUUGCUUCGGACUCCACUGACUUUAAUUGUGUGGACAAAAACAUUCUUCAAAAUAUCUUCUUUUGUGUUCUACAGAAGAAAGCAAAUCAUGCAGAAUUUUCAUUUUCCAAAGAACUAUUCCUUUGAUAUACAUACACUGCCUAAGAGUCUAUUUUUGUUCUCAUUUGCACUCAAAUAGGUCUUCAUACAGCCAUUUUACAUGUUUGCUGUAACUUAGCACAAGUUGUCAUGGCAACAGAGGAAUUGUGGGAAAGUGGAGGGCUGCCUGCUUUUUGAAUCACUUAUUAUGGGAUGGUGUUGUUAGGCGAUUGUUUUCUUAAGUUCUUAACAGUCACAGUUUUCCUACAUAAGGAUAUAGGAUACUCCCCUGUUCUUGUCAUUAAAGAAGCACAAGAAGCUAGAGAAAGUACAAUAAUCUGACAAUCAUCAAACAUUUGGCACAAUCUGUCUUAACCUUUGGGCCUCCCAGAUUGUGAAACCGAAUUCCAAUUUAAAAUGAACAAACAGAUGGUUAGGUUCACCAUGUAGGGGUUGCACAAGCAAGAAGACUGAGGGUAAUUCCACAGCACGUAUACCCGUGGACGUGAUCCAUCGAGUGGAAGACAUCUGUGCGGUAAAGCAUUCCAACUCAUCCUUUCUUCUAAUGAGCCAGUCAAACCCUCCGCUUACUUUUCUGUCAAACCACAGACACUUAGAUUCACUAUCAUUUUUAGAAGGUAAUGUAUGCCAGUUUAUGAUUACCUAGAAUGGUGGUACAAAUAUGAAUAUCACAUCCGUUCUUUGGUUUCAUUGCUCUCCACAGUCAUAAUACUAAAACGCAAGAGCAUCCUUUUUUUGGUCAUUGAGGCUCUGGUUCUGCCCACCCAUCUUCUUUUCUCAUUCAUGACAUUCACGCGCACACACACACACACACACACACACUCACAGAUAAAGAUUUUUUUCUUCUCACAAGGGUAUUCCUAUGUUGUGAAUUUGUCAAUGCGACAACCUGCAGGUUUCCUCAUGAGCCCAGAGAAUUUAAAUGUGUAAAAGGUGAGUGAGAGUGGAAUAGAAUGAGAUGAAUAGAGCAAGAGGGGAGAUUUUUCCAGCUUUCUGACGAAACGAAUGUGUGAAAUUGAUUGCUUGUGGUGCGGGGUUUAAAAUAAUGGCUUAAGCACUAGGUCGACGUCAAGAGUAAAUGGUCAGAGGAGAGAUUAGUGGUGUUACUCCGUGUCUCGCAGCCAAAUCGGCCUGUAAUUCAUGUCCGAAAUGUAUAAUAAUUCACGUGGGAGGUGCUGCGAGAGGCAAAAAGGUCAAGCUUAGGCUGCUGCAUGCUCGGAAAUGCCUUAAUUUAAGCCAUGUUGUUUGAAUUUAACAUCUGUGAAUAAAAGAGAAAACAACGCUUAAUUUGUAAUUCAUGCCUGGAUCAGCUAGUUACACAAAAAGUUGAGCAGUGGCUUGCAAAUUCCUUAAAAUUACUUUUGUUAAAAUGAUUAAAACUUGAUUUAUACUCCAGAUUCUUUACACUCUAGAUUUGUCUGGAAAGUUCACAGCAAGCAUCAAAUUCACAGCUCGAUCUAUUUAAGGACCCAGACCGAACUAUUAUUACAAACUAGCAAAUGAGACCAAUUUAGCAAUUGGUGCUGCAGUGAGCACUCUCAAAUGUUCAAACCGUUACCCUUGCGGCUACAGUUUCGCAGAAACGAGAAGCGGGUUUCGUGCUUGAAUGGAGAUGGUAAGAAUCUACAGCACUUCCUGUCAGGAAGUACACUUCAUCCUCUUAGUAAAGCCACGGCUAAGAAAAUACUUUCUUGACCCCCUCAGAGACUGCGAUGGAUAAAUGUAGGAAGGUGGUGAAAUCUCCCUUUUUGAAGUAGAAUCUUUCUCUCUCAAAACAUGGUAAGAUAACAGCUCAGACAUCAUAUUUAAAUACAUCUUUAAAGUUAGUCAUUUAUUUUUCUCUCAACAUGGUUGGUAAAAAAAAAA